AUGCGUGUAGGCAGAGGACAAGGGCCUCGAAUGGCUCCGACAGAAGCACCUCAAGAUUCGGUGAGUGAUUUGAAUGCUACCAGGGGCCCAAGACAAUAUGGUCGAAGAGAUGGAAAUUGGAAUGCUCAGGAUGUUGAUGGUCAAACAAUGCCUGAGAGUGGUGACUCGGAGCAAGUUGUGCGUUUCGCAGACGAUCGUAACGAGGUCGAGGACCAGUCAGAGCAUGCCACAGCGGAGAAUGAGGAGGGUGUGGUUGCCAACGCAGAAACCACAGUUGAGGAAGAACCAAAAAGCUACACAUUGGAAGAAUACAAGGCCAUGCGCCAGUCUUCCAAACCAGCCAUCUUACUGAACAGCAAAGGUCUACGCAAAGCUAAUGAUGGCAAAGAUGUGUUUGCAAACAUGGUGGCUCACAGAAAAAUACAGGAGGUCCACGAGGAUAUCUACGAGGUGGAGGAAAAGGAAAACGAGCCUGAGGAGCAUCAGUCGAUCGACAUUGAUUUUUCUUUCGCUGACAACUUUGGAAGCCGUAGAAGAGGUGGGCGAGGAUUUGAAAGCAGAGGGUUCGAUCGUGGGCGUGGUGUUACACGCGGUGCGGGACCAAGAAGUGAACGUGGGAGUCGAGGAAGAGGUCAGAUGAGGAGUGACGGGCGAGGUCGUGGUUUCGGCCGUGUUCUGCCUAUUAACGAUCACAUUCCACCUCCAGCAAUUUACAACGACCAGGAGUUUCCUUCCUUGAAGUGA